AUGCUUGCUAUAAGAGACGAAGAACUCAGUAGAUGGGCUGUACUUUUAGUGAAUUUUUCCAGUCCUUGUCUUAAGUAUUUCACUUCCAAGUGCGGGGCUUACUCCCUAGAUCAGAACACAAAGCGUGAGAGUGGACGAAAGGUACAGUUGGGAAACAUUCAGGCUGCCAAGGCAGUUGCUGAUAUUAUCCGAACCACACUUGGACCUCGUUCCAUGCUCAAGAUGCUUCUGGACCCCAUGGGAGGCAUUCUUUUAACAAACGAUGGCAACAGCAUUCUACGGGAAGUCGAUGUGUCUCAUCCUGCUGCAAAGAGUAUGAUUGAGUUAAGUCGAACCCAGGACGAGGAAGUCGGCGAUGGAACGACUUCUGUGAUCAUAUUAGCGGGUGAGAUGCUGGUUUCUGCGGAACCGUUUAUUUCUGGGAACAUUCAUCCCACCGUGAUUGUUCGUGCAUACUACAAGGCGUUGGAAUCCGCCCUCCACAUCUGCGAAGAGAUCGCGACCCCCAUCGACAUCCAGGACCGUUCGAUGAUGAUGAAGCUUCUGGACAGCGCGAUCGGGACGAAGUUCAGCAGUCGGUUCGGCGAUUUGAUCAGCGGACUGGCGCUGGACAGCGUGCUGACGGUUCUGGACGAGAAGACGAACGAGAUCGAUCUGAAGCGGUACGUGCGCGUGGAGAAGAUUCCCGGCGGGGAGCUGAGCGAGAGCCGCGUGAUUCGCGGCGUGAUGCUGAACAAGGACGUGACGCACGCGUCGAUGCGUCGCAAAAUCGAGCAUCCGCGCAUCGUUCUGCUGGACUGCUCGCUGGAAUACGUGAAGGCGGAAUCGGUGGCGAGUCUGGAGAUCCACGAAGCGGAUGCGUGGGACCGCGCUCUGAAACAAGAAGAAGAAGCCGUGAAGGAGAUGUGCGACGCGAUUCUGUCGCUCAAGCCCGAUUUGGUGAUCACGGAGAAGGGCAUUUCCGACCUGGCGCAGCACUACCUGCAGAAGGCGAACGUCUCGGCGCUGCGGCGCGUGCGGAAGAGCGACAACAACCGUCUGGCGCGCGCGACGGGCGCGACGAUCGUGCAUCGCCCCGACGAACUGACGGAGAGCGACGUGGGAACGCGCUGCGGGCUCUUCGAGGUGCGUCAGAUCGGCGAUGAGUACUUCGCGUUCAUCGAGGACUGCGAGGCGCCGAAGGCCUGCUCCGUGCUGCUGCGCGGCGGCUCGCGCGACGCGCUCAACGAAAUCGAGCGGAAUCUGCAGGACGCGAUGCAGGUGGCGCGCAAUGUGGCGCAGGACCCGCGGUUAUUGCCCGGCGGCGGCGCGACGGAGAUGGAGAUCGCGUGCAGACUGCAGGCGGAGGCGAAGCGCGAGGGCGGCGUGGACGCGCUGCCGCUGAGCGCGGUGGGCCAGGCGAUGGAAAUCAUCCCGCGCACGCUGUGCCAGAACUGCGGAGCGGAUACGAUCCGAGUGAUCACGAAGCUGCGAGCGGAGCAUUGCAAGGCGGAGGGAGAAGGAACGUUCCUGGGAGUGGACGGAGUGAAGGGAACCAUCGCGGAUAUGCGCGAGUUGGGAGUGUGGGACACGUUCCAGGUCAAGACCCAGACCAUCAAAACCGCCAUCGAAUCGGCGUGCAUGCUGCUGCGGAUUGAUGAUAUUGUGUCGGGAAUGCAGAACGGAAAGUGAAAAAUGGAAUGAAUGAGGGUGU